UCUAACCUAGAAGCUACGGCCCUUCCCCGUCCCACUCCCUAGUCCCAAUCCCAGAGUCUAGUAUCUAUCAUCUUUUACUGUUUUCUGCAAAAGUCCCAGUUGAUGAUUGGGGGUGUUUUCCCAUAUUUUUCUAUCCUUUUCAUAUUUCCAGAUUUCAACGACCAUUUGAUUCCUGACGAUUCUAUCAAUAGUUCAACACCCUAUUUAUGAUUUGUGGGGCUUAUGGUCAUCUGCUCUGCGCUGGAGCUCUACCCGUUUCAGUUUCUGUCUGAUUGAAGUAGAAUUUGAUGCUGUGUAUUGAUUAUAAAAGCUCAACUUUGAAGCCUCACGGAUGACCGACCCUAGUCUAGACUUUUUCUAAAGUUUAUCUGGAUUCCAUCUUCAGUCUAUGACUAUGACCCUAUGUUUUCGCUCAUAGGUUCGGCUUAUCCUUCAUUUCGGAUUGGUUCUUAGAAAUUCAAGUCUAUUUGGGAUUUGAUUCCUGGUUAAUUUUGAGCAGGGUGGUGGAUACUGAAAUUUUUAUUUAUUUUAGAACCAAAAGAAAAAGGGAAUCUCCUUUCUUUUUUUUUUUAAUUUUGUUAUUACCAUGGUGAGCUGUUAACGAAUGCCAUUCAUUUCUUCUUUUGUAUCCUUUAUGCUCUGAAAGGUUCACUUUCUUGUCUGUGGGGGCAAAUUUUUCCCUUCUUUUUAACACUUUUGUGUAUACUUGAAUGCUUGAUGUUAGGGUUUUAGAAACCAGAAGUUAAUAAGUUGCUAUAGGUGGAUAGAUUACAGGCGUUGUGGUUUGGAUUUCUUUUCUUUUGCUUCGUUAGUUCUUCUUCUGUGUAUGGAAUGCUGCAAAUGACGGAAACUUCUUUUGCUUUAACCCCCCGCUUGCCUCCAUAAAGCUGCCAAGGUUAAUUGUUCCUUGCUUGGUCCUGCAAGAAAUUACAGCUAGUUUUAGUCAAACCCACUCUGGCUUUUGUUUGAGGACUUCUUAUUUAAGUUAUCUAGCCAUUUUCUCUUGCAUUGCCUGGUUCGGGGACUGUGAAUUGGAGGUUUCUUUCUUCUUUACCUUGUCGGAUAGGACGAAUUGUCGAUAGAUUUGGGGGAAUCCAGUUUACAAUUUUUGUUUGUUGGACAUGGAUGCGGAGGAUAAUGCCGAUUUGGGUUUUCAACAGAGAGGCGGUGGUGGGAAUGGUGGGCUUUUCAAUUGUCUUCCUUCAGGGAUGUAUGCUACUCAGCAGCAGUCUGAGAAUGUUGAUGGGAUGGCCACGACUUCAAUGCCGAUUUCCAUGAGCAAAUCCACCGAUGUGGUGGACUCAUUCUUGGGUUCUGGUUGGGAUCCAUUUGUUUCACAGGCAGAGAAUGUGGAAUUCAAAGUUUCUUCAGCGGCUUCUUCCCAUUCCAAUCAGAUUUCUUCUUCACCUUACGCUGUUGGUUUUCUGGAAACUCAGGUAGUCAGUGGCAGCUCCCAUCUUGAUCGGUAUCCAUCCGAUCAUCAUAGUCUCGUCGGUCUAACACACUAUGGCAGUGGGAGCUUCUCAGAGAUGGUAACUCCCUUUGUUCUGCCUGAGGAUGGCCAGAUUGUUAACAGAGAAGGUGGCACCGACAAAACCUCAGUGAAUUCAAGGAAUGGCUCUUUUCAAGGCUCUACUUUUCCAGAAGAUCAUCACCGUGUUGUGGAUGAGGGCGCUGGGCGCUCUUCGCCUAGCGGGAAGAAAAGGAGAAGGGAACCUGAGACCCAGUUCAAAUUGGAUCCCGCUCAGGGUAUAGAAGCAGAGCGGAAGAAGGAUGCUUCGGAGGAGGUGUCUGAAGGUUCCAAAGAGCAGGAUGAGAAGAAACAGAAGACUGAACAGAGCCCAGGUGCAAAUUUGCACGGUAAGCCAACCGGUAAACAGGGUAAAGAUCGUUGCCAGAAAGAUGAAGGUCCAAAAGAAGAGUACAUUCAUGUCAGAGCCAGACGAGGCCAAGCCACCAAUAGUCACAGCCUUGCUGAGAGGGUGAGGAGAGAAAAGAUUAGCGAGCGGAUGAGGUUUCUACAAGAUCUCGUUCCAGGAUGCAAUAAGAUUACUGGUAAAGCUGUAAUGCUUGAUGAGAUAAUCAACUAUGUGCAAGCUCUGCAACGGCAAGUCGAGUUUCUGUCAAUGAAACUUGCCACUGUCAACCCAGAGCUCAAUAUUGACAUAGAUAGGAUUCUAUCCAAAGAUAUUCAAGGUGGAGGUUCAGCUGUUCAUGGAUUCGGUCCCGGAAUGAGCUCCCCCCUUUCCCACCGACAAAUAGCUUCGCAGGGAGCCCUGCCAACCAUUCAGAAUGUGAACCCCCAGUUACACUCUAUGCUUCCGGUACCAAAUGUAUGGGAUGAUGAUCUUCAAAGAGCUAUCCAGUUGGGCUUUGUCUCCAACCAAAAUAUUGACGGUUUGGGCAGAAUGGUUGUAUGAAGCUAUAGCUAUAGAUGUUUCUGUCCAAAAGAUGCAUCCCUCCUAACAGAAGUCCUGCAAUGGGCCAGCUAAUUGAGCAUUUUAUUGUUCUCCUUUUUAAAGAUCUAGCAUAAUUAAGAAGACAGGGGCAUAGAGAUCUCUUCAGAAGCUGUUAGUCUAGCUCCUACCGUUUGUUCUUCGAAUUUUAGUAGAAGAAGGUGACUUUGAUUGGCUCAAACAAUGUGUAUAGUCAGUAAGCAUAGUUGACUGAGUGGGAGAUGAUUUUUUUUUUUCUUUCUUUUUGUGUUUGUUACAGAAGAGAUUGUGCAUGUAAGAAGCACUUUUGUAUUUAAGGAUGAGCUGUAACUGAAAGAUUGUUUGUAGGGUGCAUGAAGUUGGGAAAGAUGCGACUUAGCUGUGCCUUUUCAUUUUUUUCCUCCACUUUUUGGUAAAUUGGACUGAAGCUUUCUGAUUGAGCCAAGGGAUUGAUUUGAGUGUAAUAAAUAUUCUGUGUCUUGAAUUACCAAGCCC